AUGGACACCUUUGACAAGAUAAGGUACGAACGGCUUCGGCUCGUGUGCACUCGGGCUCUCGAGGAGUCUAUCAAGAAAUCACUCGACAUCGAGCUGAUCAAGAAGUGCUACCCCACAGUCGCCGGCACCAGCCAAGGUGAACUGGUGCUUGAACUGGCGCGGUCUCAAAUCAUCGACUUCUGGUUCAAUAAUUCCAUUAGAGAGUUUGAUCUCAUAUUCCAGGAGCGGGACUUGCAUAACAAGCUUGACCUGCUUGAUGAGAUCAUCCAUCUGGCGAAAGUCCGAGGGAUCAAUGGAGAGAAUGCCAUUGAAAUCGACAAACUUACACCCAGGGAGAUCAUUGAGGCCAACAAGAGCCACAAACGGAAUGAGACCGUGCAGUCGUUGCGGUUGAUAUAUAACCAGUUGUGUAUCGAUAACUUGCAGUAUUUCAAGGAGUUAUCGGCGUUGGUGACGGAAAGUAAUGAGCUCAAGGCACAGAUAUAUGAUAAUGCGCUGACCUUGAACCAGGAGUUGCAGGUGUUGAAGGACGAUACCACGAGCGAGCGAGUGAACGAGUUGUUGGAGUUAGUGGGAGACGAUAUAUAG